AUGUAUAUCUUUUCUCUUUCUUUGUAUAUUGGCGUUUUUGCCGUUCUUUCGAAAUGCAUUUCCAUCUUCCUCACCCAGCGAAGACGCCUACAAGAGUCGGAACGGCAUGGCUGCGCACCCCCUCCAACAGUGUCUGGAUCUGAUCCCUUUGGCAUCAUGAGUGUUCUUGCAGCGGCGAGAGCAAAUCGCGAAGGAAGAAGCCCGAUAUGGUUCAUGGAACUUAUGGAUAAGAUAUCACCGGAUACUUUGACUGUGAGGGGAAUGGUUUUGGACACUGAAAUUAUUAUUACAAGAGAUCCAAGCUUGGUGCAGUUCAUUCUACAAACCGAAGCAAACAAAUGGGAUAUCGGACCACAAAGGAGGGAGAUUUGGAGUCCCCUUCUCGGCGAUGCUAUCUUCACUGCUCAGGGCGAUGCAUGGAAACACUCCAGACAACUCGUACGACCACAAUUUUCGAGAGAUAGAGUAUCGGAUCUUGAUCUCGAAGAGCGACACGUCCAGGCACUAUUUGCUCGGCAUGAACUUCAAAGCACUCAAGAUGGCUGGACAGGAAAAGUUGAUCUAGCCCCUUUGUUCUACAAUUUGACUUUGGACGUCUCAACUGAGUUCCUCUAUGGAAAAUCUGUACAUUCUCAAGAAGCGGGCAAUACAGCCAGUCCAAACCCUAUACAGAGCACAGAAGACACGGAUUUUCGUACUUUCGGACGUCAUCUCGAUGCAGGAAAAGAAACAUUGUUCAUGAAAGGUAUUGCUGGUCGGUGGAAUGGAUUUGUCAAAGGCCGCAACUUUGAUUAUCACCGUGACGAGGUGCAUCGAAUGGUCGACAAAUUUGUGGAAGGAUGCCUCCGUCAAACCCAAGACGAGAAAAGGCCAGAACCCGAUUCGGAGAAAAAGCCAUUUUCGCUUUUGGAUGAAUUGGCGAAGGUAAAUCAGGACCCCGUCCAGCUUCGCCACGAAACACUGCAAGUACUUAACGCUGGGCGCGACACAACUGGUUCAUUGCUCGGUUGGAUAUUCUAUUUCCUUGCACGUAAUCCAGAUAUCUACUCCAAACUUCGAAGCAUCAUUCUCUCUGACUUUGGACCAUCCGGUUCAGAGAUCUCAUUUCAAUCUUUGCGAUCUUGUAAAUAUCUACAAUAUGUGAUUGACGAGUCGUUAAGAGUCGGUGCACCUGUGCCAUUGAACGAUCGCACUUGUAAUCAAGAUACUGUUUUACCACGCGGAGGAGGUCCUGACGGUACACAACCUAUGUUCUUACCAGCUGGGUCAAGAGUAUUGGUAUCGACAUACGCGAUGCAAUACAGGAAAGAUAUCUGGGGUGAGGAUGCCGACAAGUUCAGGCCUGAGAGAUGGGAAGGGAGGAGGGCCGGAUGGGAAUUUAUUCCCUUCGGCGGAGGUCCAAGGAAAUGUAUCGGUCAACAAUUUUCGUUGACUGAGACUUCAUAUAUUAUUAUAAGAUUUCUUCAAAAGUAUGAUCAAAUUGAGAAUUUAGAGAAACCAGGCCCAGUGCUAUAUCACCAUACUGUCACAAAUCGAAGUAUGAACGGCGUACAGGUUAGAUUGCAUAAGGCAGAUCCUUUGAGUAUUGUUUGA